AUGACGGCUGCCUAUUACGGACAACUGGAGGUCACCCGAUUUCUUCUGGACAGCGGGUGUAAACCAGAUAUCACAACACAUAAUGAUGGAUACACAGCUUUACAUUGGGCUGCUUUGUUCGGACAUUUACAAAUCACAAGAUAUCUUGUAGAGCAAGGAUAUAUCAAUCCCUUGAUUAAAUCACAUGAGGGUCACACUCCAUAUGAUCUAGCAGCAGAAUAUGAGUUUGGACAGUAUACAGAAGUGAUGGAAUACUUACAGACUUUCAUGUCCGAGAAAUCUUCAGGUGUUACUGCUGAACUAGAGACAGAAGAUCCAAUCCAGACACAAACAAAGUCUGCUAUGUUAAACAGGUUACUUGGUAGUGGAACGUAUGAUUCCUAUGACAUGCGCUGUAUGGUAACAGGCCAGUUCGGUGUCGGAAAAACGAGUCUUGUCAAGCUCUUAGCUGGCGAUGUCAUCCCAGAAGGAAGACAUCCUACCGAUGGAAUUUCCCUUAUAGAAGGUCGGUGUGGACUCGAUGUUGAAACUAAAAGCUGGAUUUAUUUUGAUCCAGAAACGUAUGAUGCUUUAGAUGUUGUGUAUAAUAAGGUGUUAAUGACUUCAGUGGAAGAGGAUGAAAGAAAAGAAGAAACCACACCGAAGAAACCACAUUUACCAGAUUCAAAUCAUGGUCCCUUCCAACAUCCUCUAGCAACCAAAUCUCUAUCACCUCAAAUAUCUGACAGUGUGUCUAAGAGAAGACCAGAGAUGAAAACACACAUGAAAUCGAAAAUGACCAGAGAAGAAAUAAGAAAAAGAAUGGAAAAAGUCAUUCAAAGUGGAAACUACAAAAUGAAAGUUGGAAGAUUGAUCUUUUGGGACUUCGGCGGACAGUAUGUAUACUAUACAACACACCAAACCUUCAUGACUUUCAGAGCUUUGUUUCUUGUGGUAUUUGAUGGAAGCAAAAACCUACAUGAGCUAGUUCCAGAUGUUCUGUGCUUUCCAGGGCAGCACAUGACACCAACCCCAGCAGUAUUUCUACAACAUUGGGUUAACUCAAUCCUAACGUAUUGUAAGGUGGUGUAUGUAGGCAUUCCAAAGAUCUUAUUUGUUGCCACCCAUAAAGAUAAAGUACCAAUGGAUGAUGUUGAGUCCAGACGUGAGGAGUUGUACAAUGGAGUAGAGGAAUUGUUCAAGGACCACGAGGGACGAAACCAUCUAGUCCUUACACAACGGAUAUUUGUCAAUGCAAGGGAUAACACAGAUACAGAAAUUCAAGUCCUCAAGAAAGCCAUCACAGAACUAACGUUUGAACAUCCUUGUUGGGGGGAGAAGAUGCCCAACGCUUGUGUCCCCCUUGAACUCGAGAUUGCAGAGCUGGUAGCAGAAGGAAAACAAAUAUUGUCAUUGAAGGAUGUAGAAGAAUUGAAUGUUAUAAGCAAGGUGUCUGUACUGUCCCCAGACCUACUCAAGGAUUUCCUUAAUUUCCACCACUCCCUGGGAAAGAUUGUUUACUUUGAUACUCCACAACUAAAAGAUUUCGUUAUCAUCAACCCCUUACUCAUGGUGGAGGUUAUGAGGUCAUUUGUGACAGGUAGUUAUGUCAAUACUUAUUAA